AAUGUUCAAAAUAAGGGAAAGAAGGAAUGAAAGGGAAAACAGUGAAAGUAGAUGGAUCAAUAUGGUUUCUAUGGUUAUUCGGAAUUGUUCAGGAAAAAAACUUCGCUGGAUGAUUAUCCCGAAAAAUGAUUUACUCUGAAAGUAGACAGAGAGACACAAUUCAGAUAGCAUUAGAAUACACAAACUCUCACAAGACACAUAGGAAAGAAAUACAUUUUCACUUAGAUUACACAUAAACACAACACAUCACAACACAAACACAAGGCACAUUUACAUAGUUUAAUUUAAUCGUUUCCCUCAUUUUUAUCAAUGUUUAUCAAUUUUAUUUUAUCCUUAAAUCAACUAUAAGGAUAUUUAUCAGUGUAUGGUGCAAAAUAUUGACCUCAAGCGUUUAUCUGGAUCAGUUAAACAAUAAAAAAUCGUAUUGACCCUUGUGAUGAUCCUUCCUUCAUCAGUGCCACCAGAGACAAGUGCUUUUCUUGGUCUGGUUGCAAUAUGUAUGGUUGGUUUGCUGGUUUUGUAUCUUUACCUGAGCAAAAAAGUAUGCUUCUCAAAUGUUGGUAAUUUCCCAUGUUGUGAUGAACCCACCAAGACUGAAAAAUGUAAAAUAACUCGACAAUUAGGUUCAAGUUAUGGUUAUGAUGAUGAUGAAGAAGAAUCAUCAACUGACAGUGAAAAAGAGGUUAAAGAAAGAUUAUAUCAGCCUGGCUUGGAAACAAAUGGAUCAAGAAGACAAUCAUCAUUUAAUAAACAUCACCAACAACAUUCAAAUAAAAAAUUAUCAUCAACAGGAGCCACAUCAAACCAUCAUCAUAAUCACCAUAACCGGUCAAAUGACAAAAAAGAGGCUAAACAUUUUGUUAGACAGUCUUGCAGUACCGAUAAAUUAUUGGCAAGAAACGAUUCCGUAAAUAGUGAAAAAACUGAUCAGUCCAGUUUAUAUCAAGAGCCAGUUAAUUGUCGACCAUCUUAUGAUCAACGCAACUAUAACAAUCAGCGUAAAGAAUGUGAUCAGGGUAAAUCAAUGGAAACCAGGCAAAAUGGUUCAGAAUUGGGAGAUUUGAGUAAUCAAAUUGAUCUCAUUUCUAUGGCAGAGAAAGGUAAAAUAGGUAAAACUGGUUCAUCUGAUGCUGCCUCAUGCUCAAGUGAAACUGGAAGUCAAGAUACUGAAGAGGAAGCUUUGGUUCCCUUCUUACAUGAAAAGGCCAAACAAAAGGCUUCCAAAUUGAUGUGUGAUCCAAAUAACAAUUCAAACGGAAUAAUUAAAAUUGGAAAUGGACGGAUGAAUAAGAGACCCCGAAUAAGCUCAAAUAAAGAAAAUGAAUCCUAUUUCAAUGAAGGUUUUGAAGGUCGCCUUGAAUCGGAAUCAGGGAAUAAAUCAAGUGAAGAUGAAGAUGUUGAUACCAUGGUGAAUGGUAAUGGAAUUGUCAAAUGUGGCUGUCUCCAGGUCAGUCAUGCCUAUGAUCCACCAACUCGUAAACUUCAUUUGACCAUAAUUCGCGCUCGAUCCAUUCCAACCAAAGAACGAUCCGGGAGUAACCAGGUCUAUGUUAAAGUUGUCCUAACACCUAAUCGAAAAUCCAAACAGUCAACUAAACCCAAACCUACUGGAACAGGAUGUCCAGAAUUUAACGAAUCAUUUACAUUUAACCGAAUUGAUCCCGAAGAAAUUCUUAAUUAUGGUGUCCGCUACCGAUUGUACACAUGGGAAAGAAUGAAACGUGAACAUUUAAUCGGAGAAUGUCAUGUUUCAUUCGGAACCCACAAGCCUUUACAGCAAGAGACCAAAAUUUGGCUCAACUUGGAGCCUCGCUCCAAUAUUCAAAAAGCGGAUUCAAGGUCUGAUGUUUCUAGUAUUGCUCGAAGUGAUAGCUCUGGGUCCAAUAAUUCAGUGGAAAAUGCAUGUUCUCCCGAGCUUUUGAUAGGUUUGUCUUACAAUGGAACUACUGGAAGAUUACAAGUUUUUGUGAUUCGGGGAAGCCAAUUCAAGAGUCCAGCCAUGAGUCGAGCACCAGAUACUUAUGUUAAGCUUGCCUUGGUUUCAUCUUCUGGACAAGAAAUUGCCCGGUCAAAGACAUCGGUUAGACGAGGGCAACCUAAUCCAACAUUUAAGGAAACCUUUCUUUUUCAAGUUGCAUUAUUUCAACUUCCUGAUGUUACUCUAUUAAUUUCCGUUUACAACAAGAGAAGCAUGAAACGUAAAGAAAUGAUUGGUUGGUUUUCAUUGGGACGAAAUAGCACAGGCGAAGAAGAAAAGUCUCAUUGGAAUGAUAUGAAAGAGACUCGUGGAGAACAGAUUGCUCGGUGGCAUGUUCUCUUGGAUUCAUGAGAUCUUAUGAAAUUAAGAAAGCGCAAUUUUCCAAGAACUAACCCUCUGUUGGUCUCAUUUUCUCAUUGUUAUGCGAUUAUGGGCAUUCUAAAUCGGGAAUCAAUCGAUUUUAAAUGGAAUAGGAGCAAAGGCAGAAUCAAUAGAAAAUUGAUUUAAUUUUGACGAGAAGUAUCUCAUAACACUUUGAUUCAAACAAUUUAACCAGCAACCCUGAAUGAUAUUGUUUAUGGCGUUACUGUUGUUAACCUUUCCAUUUCCCUCUCCUUUUCCAUUGAAAAUACCUUUGCCAAUAUUUCAACUGUCCUUAGUUGAUAUUUUAAACCACCUUUGCAAAGGAUCAUUGAAAAAAAUAACCUCUUUUACCUUGAAACUUUCAUUUUCCGUUGAACGAUUCCAAUUCCAAGAUUGGAGUUGGUGGAUUCAAACAAGACUGAAAUUUGUUAGUGAAUCAAAUUGAAUUGUAUGGAGAUUAUUCCAACCACUCAUAUUCACCCUUUCACCCUUUCACCCUUGCAUUCACACUUUCAUUCACAUUUUCAUUCACUCUCACACUAACACUCACUCACAAUUAACUCAUAUUCAUUCAAAUUAUCCUGAAAUUGGCCCUUUUUCAAUGAUCCUCUUUUUUCGAUUAACAUGAAAAAUUUCCUGUCCUCGAUCAAUUCGUUCCUUGUUUCUGCCACGAUCGAUUGACUAAGGAGAUGUAAACAACCCUUUUGGCCUUAACUCCUUCUUUAUACUCACAAUUGAAUACUUCUCUUACUACAAUUAACUCUCACAAAUUGACAUUUGAAAACUAAAAGCCAAAACCAACUAACCAAAAAACUUCCUCAAGAAACGGCGUCACUAAGAGAGAGAAACCAAAUUUGCUAAAAAGAUGACCAACAUAAUAGAUAUUUAAUUAUAUAUUAUUAUGUGUAAAGACAAGAUUAACAUAAAUAUUUAAUGACCAAAUGGGUAAAUAAGGUAAAUGGUCAGAUUAUACAGAAAAAAGAAGAAAAUUGUUUUUACUUUGGUGCAUAUUUAAUUAACUUGCUUCAAGUACAAUUGUAUUGGUUUUCAAAUGUCUCCUUCCUUUUCAACCAAUCCCUCAAUGUCUACCUUAUAUUAUUAUCAUUGUUGUUUACAAUUAUCAUUAUCAUGGUUACUAUUAUUAUCAGACACAUGAAUUAAUGUAAUUUGCAAAAUAUUGAUGAUCUGGUUGAAGCAAUAUUUUUCACUUGAAAAGAUUGUUCAAUGUGAAUGAAAGUGAAACCAAAAAUAUUGUUCAAUCAAGUGAUUUUAUAUAAUUAACUGAUGAUUGUUUUGUCAAAUUGACAAAUGCUAUUCUUACAUGAAAUCAAGUAAAUUCAAUGUUCAUAUUGGUACACUUUGAUUGAAUGUUUAAGGUAAAUCAAAUCAUCAUUAUAUAAAUAUAUAAAUCUUGUUGUAAUACAUGUUGAAAGAAUUGAAAUAGUUUUGUUUAUCGAGUCAACUUUUUGUAUCUAAUGAAAGAUUGAUUGCAAUCUAAUUAAUCGUCCUUAAACUUUGUUUACCAAAAAGUAAUUGAUAAUGACAAUGAUAAUAACAUGUUAAUAUUAACUGUCAUAAUCUAAAAAUGUGACUCUUAACUACUUCACAUUCAAUUUCAUUUACUCAUUUAUUUAGGUGCAAAAUUUUAAUUUACAUGAAAACACAUCGACUGAUGUUCACUUUGAAUACAGGCUUACAAUUGAUUAUUGUUUCUAAUUAUUUCUUAUUUUCUUUGCUCUCAGGUUUAAUUGUUUGGCAUUUGAUUUAGCAGAUUUGAUCAGGAAAAUAUCAGAUAAUCAUGAGAAAAUAUUUGAUUAAUUGAAAAUUGAAUGAUGAAGGCAAGAUUGUGAUUGCAAUUUAAAGUCACAUUUAGAGAUGACCGAUGCAGUAAAGACAUUUCAAAUUGACCAAGUCCAAAUGAAGAGUCUAACUAUGAUUGUGAUGAACCUAUUUUAAAUGUCAUUUUAAUUGUUGCUCCAAAAAGUGAACAAUUAUUAUUAUUUAACUUUUAAAUUGCCCUUUUAUUUCAAAUGAUUAACCCAAUUGAUUGGUGAUUUCAUUUGUUCCCAUUCAUAUUUACAAAACAUUUUCCUGUAUUGAGAGUUGAAAACCCAAACACCAAAACCCAGAAGAUUCAAGAAAUUUUACCAAAGCAAAUCUAAAUUAUCACCAAGUCUGAUUUAGUUGAUUAAAAGCUGACUGAAAGGAUAAUCACAAUUAAUAUUUAAAGUUGACCUAAUCAAAUGAUUUUAUUUCAGAUGUUGUUUGUUUUCAAGUCUAUUUCACUGCAAAUCUGUUACAAUAUAAACCCAUACACACAAACCAAUCCGUUGAAACUCUAUUGACUCAAAUUUUAACCUCAAAUUGUUACAGUUUAUCAAUUACCGUUUACAGUAUUUAAAAAUUCAGAUUUAACUCUUUUCUUUGACAGAAAUCAACAAUUCAUUGCAACAAUUACAUUUGUUUCUGUCUCCGUCAUUUAGCAUCGAUUGUUUGAACCAAAAAAACAAAUUCUGUUCAAUUUUAUUCCAAUGACAUUAAAGAAAACAAAAAAUUACAAAAA